AUGACAAGACCGGCAGACGGCCAAGACGCGCCUCCAGCCGACGCCGAGCGAUCAUCCCAGCCUCUGUCGCCCCUGUCCAGCGCCAUGGCCUUUAGUCUUGCCAAGCCCCCCGUGGGUUUUCUCGGCCCUGCUGCCUCGUACACGCACCAGGCCACGCUUCAGGUCUUUCCUCAAGAGAGGUGGGAGCUGCGUCCGGCAACAACCAUCACCGACGUCUUUGAUCAAGUGCAGAACCGCCAUGUCCUCAAGGGGGUUGUGCCCUUUGAAAACUCCAGCCACGGGAGUGUCGUGGUCACACUCGACAACCUCGCCGACAGAGACGGCCGCUACGAAGACAUCUCCGUCGAAGGCGAGGUCUUUGUCGACGUCAGGCACUGCCUUCUCGCGGCAGCGCCCGACUUUCAACGCAUCAAGCAGAUUCAUUCUCACCCUCAGGCCUUUGGCCAAUGCCGCAACUUCAUCUCCCAGAACCUCAAGGGCGCCGAAAUCCACGAGGUCAGCUCCACCAGCAGGGCCGCCGAGAUUGUGCGGCGAAACGGGACUGGCGCGUCUGCUGCCAUCUCCAGCAGGCUGGCGGCUAGCAUCUACGGCCUCGACGUGCUCGCCGAGUCGAUUCAAGACCGCGACGACAACGUGACGCGCUUCCUCAUCAUCCGCAACACAAAAAACCCCCCCCAGGAACCCCUCAGUGCCAACCAAUCGAAUCCUGCUGGCAACAAUGACCCCCUAGGUACCAAGUCCCUCGUAUCAUUUACGGUGCCCCACGACUCCCCGGGCGCCUUGGCCGAUGUCUUGGGCUGCUUCAAGGAGUGCGGCCUCAACCUGACGAGCAUCAACAGUCGGCCCAGUCUGCGGGCCCCCUUUCAGUACGUCUUCUUUGUCGAGCUCGGAGGCCACAGGUAUGGUCAGGAUGGCAGGGUGGAGAGUGCGCUGAGCAAGAUACGUGACGUCGCCGAGAGCUCUAGGUGGCUGGGGAGCUGGGAGACGCGCCGGUGA